AAAAAGUUAAUAAUUUCAGUGCUCAGUUAAAUAUGUGCUGCAGCCAUGUGAAUGAUCUGAAAAGACUUCUCACCCGAAAGCGACAGACCUACAGCAAUGAUACAGCACUUAGGACUCCUGGUAGCUUAUCCUGUUGUAUUUGCUGCCAUUUUUGUGUGUGGUCUCGGUGGGACAUUUCAUUAUGGAUACAGCGUGUCUGUGAUGACCUCCCCCUCUGCUUUUAUCAAGGAGCUGGUGAAUCAAACAUGCAUGCACAGAUACCGUCUCUCCCUGGAGUCAUGGCAGCUCUCGCUCAUCUGGUCCUUCACUGUGUCCAUUUUCUGUGUUGGGGGUUUACUGGGGUCGCUAGCUGCUGGUUCACUGGCAUCAAAAUUCGGCAGAAAGCGAUGCCUUUUGUUAAACACUUUUGUGGCUAUACUUGGAGGUGUGUUGAUGCUCUUGAGUAAAACAGCCAUGUCUUUUGAGAUGAUCAUGGCAGGACGAUUUUUCUUUGGCAUUAAUUCAGGAGCCAGUCUUGCAGUUUAUCCAAUGUACAUCAUGGAAAUCACUCCUCGGACGCUCAAAGGGAUGGUUGGCGUGACCAUUGGUUCCUUCAUGUCUUUGGGGAAGUUCUCUGGUCAACUGCUGGGGAUCAGUGAGUCACUUGGUACAGAGAAGCUGUGGCCCUGGCUGCUUGGUUUCAUCGGUUUCACAGGGUUGUUUCAACUCCUCACCCUGUUCUUCCUGCCAGAAUCUCCCGGCUUCCUGUUGUUGGACAGAGGAGACCAACGGGCCUGUGAAAAAGCUUUAAAGCAGCUUUGGGGCAAUAAGGACUACAGCAGAGAGAUCGAGGAGAUGCUGGAGGAGAAAGCUGCCCUGCAGAGUGUCCGCAGCUACUCAGUGUUGGAGCUGAUUCAGAACAAAACGGUCCGCUGGCAGCUGAUCACCGUCUCUGUAACUUUCGCCUCAGUGCAGCUCUGUGGCAUCAAUGCUGUCUACUUUUAUUCUUUUGAUGUGUUUCGUGCGGCGGGAAUCCCAGAACAAAAGUUACGAUACACUGCCUUGGGGACAGGGCUCUGUGAAUUUUCCACUGUUGUGUCCUGUUUCAUGAUUGUUAACAGAACAGGAAAAACGGUCCUGCUCUUCAGAGGCUACGCAGGAAUGUCUGUGACACUAGUUUUCCUCACCAUCACUUUGUACCUGCAAAGUCAGGUCUCCUGGAUGCCGUACUGCAGCAUGGUCCUCAUUUUCAUUUGUAUAGUCUUUUUUGCCAUUGGUCCAGUUGGAGUUACACCUACUCUUCCAGGGGAACUCUUUGCUCAGCCUUUCAGAUCGGCUGCGUACACAGUCUCUUGCACCCUCAACUGGUUAGGCCUGUUUGUGGUUGGGAUGGUCUUCCCCAUCCUAGUGGAGAAACUGGAUUACUUUUGCUUUCUCAUUUUUCUGUUUUCUUGCUUCAUCUGUGGGCUUUAUCUCAAGUUCAACGUCCCUGAGAUCAAAAAUAAGACGCCGCUGGAGAUCGCAGCAGAAUUUGAUAAGAUGCAUUGCAAACCCAAAAGGAAACACGCGACUGAGAUGAACGCCAAUAGAAUCAUAUCAUACGAAACCAAACUGUGAUUAGUUUUAUUAAAGAAAUUAAAAUAUGCUGUUAAAUUUGCAGCUUGAAUUAGUCAGUGUAUGUCAGAUGGACAGGAUAUGAAUGGCGUUAAUGAAUAUUUAGGAUUAAACUGGUCAACAGGGACAUAGCACAGAGGUGUCAAACAUCCGAGCCAGCAAAGACUCAACUGGAUGGCUUUAGAAAAUGUAAAGGUGGGCAUACAUUUUGGAUUUUUAAUUGCAUUUUCAUAGAUUUGACAGCUUUUCCUACUGAUGAAGGACAUACUGCACCAAAAUAAUUAUGUAAUACAAAAAACAAAUAAAUGACAGAAAAGUCAUUUAAAAUAAAAAAGUAUUAUAAUUUUUACAAUGGGUACA